AUGUCCGGGUCUCUGCCUCCGGAAGAGUCCGUCGAGUUUGCGUCCAUCCGGCGCCGGCUGUUGGCCGGUACGCCGGUGACGCCGGCCUUCGCGGCGGUCGCCUCACAGGAGGCCCUCCUCCAUGACCUCCCAGUGGACAUCCUGUCGGACCUGGCCGAGAAUCCCGCCUCAUCCCAGUCGCGCCGGGCGCGCCCCCCAGCCAGCGGGCGCCUGCGCUCCGCACCCUCCGCGGUCUCCGGCCUCGAGGAGCGGGACAUCUUCUCCGCGCACCAACUCUUCAGCCGGCUUCAGCAUCUCCUCUAUAAGCGGACUUGGUCGCUCUUUCGUGUGUCUCCCCUGGCGGACUUCCCCCUCCCGCAGAAGGUGAAGGACCUGGCGGGCAGCAUCUCCGCCAGGCCCGGCCCCUUGCCCGGGGAAUCCCUGAGCCAGGGCCUGAGCCGGGAGCUGGCAUACCAUGUCGAGAGGCACCUGCCCCCCGGGGGGGUCCUCAUCCGGGCGACGGUCGAGGUGCUGUACCUGCGCCCGAGGGCGCUACUGCCGGAGGACUUCGGCGAGGGCAUCUGGCCGGCCGAGCAAGAGCGCCCGCAAGUGGCCGGCGUCUGGCUGUCGGUGGACUUCCACAUCGGCUCCCAAACGGAGGCGACCUCGGUGACGGCGCUGCUCCUGCGCGACCCGGCCGCCGGGGACUUCGACGUGACGCCGGAAUCCGCGACGCGGGCGAUGGCGCGCGUCUCGGCAGCCCCGAUGCCAAGCGGAGCGGGUGAUGCCGGCGAGGCGGCCGCCGGCUCCGGAGCCGGGCAGCACCCCGGCCUGGUGGUGCACCUGCCGCUGAUGCUCGUCCAUGGAUCGCGGCCUCUGUGUGAUUUGCUCCUCUUUUCCUGGCCCCACGGGCGCUUCCAGGCAGCCAGGGCCCCGGUCCGGCUGACGCCGCGGCAGCUACGCAACCUGGCCCGGCUCUGGCUCAGUUGGGACGGUGAUGGGAGUCUCCUCCGGCCGGAGGAGUUGGACUCCCUCGCCCCGGGGCUGGGCGAUGGCAACGGCUCCGACACCGAGGAGGACGCGGCGGACGCGCCCCCGUGGUCGGCCGGCGUCGCGAGCGCCGGCCCCGAUGACGAGGGCACCAUGGCCACCUCGGCAGCCGGGCCCGGGGGUGGUCGCCGGCCGCGCGCCGACACCGACCCCAUCCCGGGCGCCGAGUCUGACGUGCCGGCGGCCGAGGACUUCCAACUGGCCUUCACCCUGCCGGCCGGCCUGUCGCCGGAUAUGCGCAUGUUUGUGAUCGGUUUCAGCCGGCUGACGCUUCGCCGCGUGCAGCGGCACCUGUGCGCCUGCGUCGCCAUCUCCGGCGACACAUAA